UUCCUUGUAUUAUUAGUAUAUCAAACAAAUUACAAACAAAUUGCAAUAUAAAUCUUGGCCCAACAUAAGCCCAUUAGAUCCAUGUUAGUGGUAACCAUUAAUGUACCAUUAUCUGAAUAUUUAUGAAUGAGAUUGACUAAGCUGUUUAUGAUCGUUGACCGUGGAGUAGUUAGACUGAACAGUAGACAACCCCGCAGGAGAUGUUAACAUGUGUCAUUCCGAUUAAGAAAGAGAUUUGUGUAUUGCUUGAUUUGUUGAUUACUCCUAAUCCUAAUUAACAGCAACGAUUCGAGUCGAGACAAAAAAAUCAUUUUCAAAGAAUGCAAAUGGGAGAUGAGAAUCCACGGAUCAUGUACGGUGUGAUCAUCACCGUCUACGUUGAUCGUCAAACGACGACGCCCGUCCGAUCGUUUCGAGCUAGACGGAGAAAUGAAUGUACGUGGAAUCGUGAGAUUGGAAGGACGCGUGGAUAUGAUCGUAGAGCGAAUCUGCUAGCGUAUAUUCGAGAGAAGAGAGCUGAAAGUCUAGCCGGAGAUUUGAAAGGUGACGACGACGUCGUAGAGAGUAACAGCAAACCCGAGCGGAAGAAGAAGAAACGAAGGUGGCUAAGAAAAAUGAUGAGUAAGAUCCGGUUACCGUUUCUCCGGCCUUUUCGUCGAAAAAAUAGGACGUGGAAGUACCGACAAUUUGCACCAGACGAAGAAGAAGAGGGAGAAGCAAAGGCUAAACCUUACCGUUCAGAUCUUUGGGUACUACUUCGACUUCAUAUUCCAGUUAUCUUUUCUUUACAGAACUUGUUUUAUUUGAAACUAUUCUUAAUCAAUCUUCUUCUAUGUUUUCUGAAUAAAGAAAAAGCUUAAACAUGUAGUCGGAGGAUUAUCACGCGGCUGCAU